AUUCUAAUGAAGUUGAAAAUACACGUCAAAACCCAAUGUCAAUUCUUCAAUGUCAGCCACCUGUCCAGUAGCCGGCUAGUUAUUGUUCAUGAUGCCUAGUAUUCCAAAAUUACCUGCAAAAAGUUAUGUCCUCUGUAUACUCUUAAUUGUGGUAUGCGAGAUCUCAACGUCUGAAGUACCGAGGCCUAGAGGGGUGCCACUGUCCCAUAACCCUCUAUACAAUCCAGCAAAAGACUUUGUCUGUCUUGAUAAUUCUCUAUCUAUACCAUUCUCGCAGGUAAACGAUGAUUACUGUGAUUGUCCGGAUGCCUCUGAUGAGCCGGGAACCUCGGCAUGUAUUCAUGGCACCUUCUUUUGCAUGAACGUCGGUCAUACAUCCACCUAUAUCUCAUCAUCACGAGUAAACGAUGGUAUUUGCGAUUGCUGCGAUGGCACGGACGAGUAUGUCAAAGGAAAAUGCGCGAAUAAUUGCCAGGAGUUAGGACAAUCUGCGAUGAAAGAGGCCGCUCGUCAGUCAGAGCUCUUGAAGGCUGGUAAGCAGAUUCGCGCCUCUAUGUGCGAGAUGGGCAUCAAACUCAAAGCAGAAAAGAAAGACAAACUGGUUAUUUUUGCUGCUCAGAAGAUUGAGGCUGAGAAGAUUAUGAGGGAGAAGGAGCAGAUCAAGAAAAACAUUGAAGAACUAGAGUCUGCAGCAUUGGAGCAGUACAGGCAGAUUGAAGAAGAGAACAAGAGAAUUAAGCAGGAGGAGGAGAACAAGAAGAACAGGCAGGAGGCUGAGGAUACUUUCGUACGAUUUGAUAGUAACAAAGAUGGAAUUGUAGAGGUGUCUGAGCUUCAAAGUUUACACACUUUUGAUAGAGAUCGCAAUGGAGAAGUUACUGUUGAAGAAGCAAAAUAUUUCCUUAACAGCAAAGAUUCAAUGAGCUUGGAAGAUUUUGUGGUUGAAGCUUGGCCAGCUAUGAAACCAUUCUUAAUGUUGGAUGAAGGUUUAUACAAACCACCUCAACCUGCUGGAGUGGGGGAAGUGGAGGAGGUCCCUAUCAAUGGGGAGGAACCAACCACUGAAGCAGAAUUUGAAGAAGCUGCUGACGAAGAAGGUGUCAAUGAAGAGGAGGAUGAAGAAGAUGAGGAACAUCCAGAGGAAGAGGAGGAGCAUGAGGAAACCAACCCUGAAGUGACAUACGAUGAGGAAACUCAGAAUCUGAUUGAAAAGGCCACAGCAGCUCGCUCCGAAUUCACCGAAGCCGAUCAAUCCGUGCGGGAUAUCCAAUCCGAAAUCACCAAAAUCGAGGAGUAUCUUAACAAGGAUUUCGGACCGGAUGAAGCUUUCGCUCCUUUGGAAGGAGAAUGCUUCGAUUACAUGGAUUACGAGUACAUAUACAGGCUGUGCCCGUUCGAUAAGGCUACUCAGCAACAAAAAUCAGGAUCCUCGGAUACAAGAUUGGGAAGUUGGUCCAAGUGGAGCAACCAGAACUACGAUGCCAUGCUUUACGAUCGUGGUCAAUCCUGUUGGAACGGUCCACAGCGUUCCACGACGGUGGCUAUAAGUUGCGGAAGUGAGAAUAAGUUGACUUCCGUUUCCGAACCCAACCGAUGCGAGUAUCACUUCACGUUUGAAACCCCAGCUGCUUGUUACAAAGCUACCACUGAAGGGAUCAAAGACAUCCACGACGAACUCUAAUAUUUGCUCAUUUAAAGUUACAUUCUUCAAAUUUAUCAUUUCCUAUACAUUAUAUAUUUUGUGUUUGUAAUAUCAUGUUGAUGUGAAAGUGUAAACUGUGUGGGACAGAUCCAUAUAUUCCUAUCAUUUUUCAUAUACAAGAUAAAAA